AUGUCACGUGAUCCUCCCGCUCCAACAUUUGAUCCAUACAAACACCUCAAUAUCUCAAUCAACCCCGAUGGCUCUUGCACGCGCCACUUCGUCUUUCCGACGGUCAAUCCCGACCCGGACCCAUCCCCGGAAAAGCUCGCCGCCUCCAAAGACGUCACCAUCAACCACGAAACCGGCGUAGCCGUACGGAUUUUCCGACCAACCAAUAUCCCUUCCAACGAUAACGCCGUCGCUCGUCUUCCAAUCAUCCUCCAUCUCCACGGCUCCGCUUGGGUCCUUUACCCAGCCAUCUCCCCCGCGAAUAACCGCGGCUGCUCUCAGAUGGCGAGCGAGUUAACGGUGAUCGUCGUCUCCGUUAACUACCGUUUAGCUCCUGAGCAUAGACUCCCAGCCCAAUACGACGACGCAUUAGCCGCUCUGCUUUGGGUCAAACAACAAUCCGUUGACCCAGCUAACGGCGAGCCUUGGCUCAGAGACUACGCCGAUUUCUCACGGUGUUACAUCUGCGGUUCGAGUAACGGCGCUAACAUCGCCUUCCAGUUGGCGCUCAGAUCGUUAGACCACGAUUUAACGCCGUUAAAAAUAGACGGGUGCGUGUUUUACCAGCCGUUUUACGGCGGGAAAGCGAGGACGAAAUCGGAGCUGAGAAAUUUCGCCGAUCCGGUGAUGCCGUUGCCGGCGAUUGACGCCAUGUGGGAACUAUCAUUGCCGGAAGGCGUUAAUCGGGAUCACAGGUACUGUAAUCCGAUGGGUUAUUUGCCGCAGAAGGAGAAAGUGGGGCGUUUGGGACGGUGUUUGGUGAUCGGUUACGGCGGAGACACGUUGGUUGAUCGGCAACAAGACUUCGUGAAUUUUCUGGUUACGGCUGGAGUUAGGGUUGAAGCAAGGUUUGACGAUGCCGGCUUCCAUGGAAUCGAGCUAGUUGAUCCACGGCGAGCCGUCGCUCUUAUUAAUAUGAUCAGGGACUUUAUUAAUUAA